AUGGAUCAACCCGUUCUUGAAUACCUUGGUUUAGAACCUUUAGUUUGUUUUAUAAGAUCCUAUGGCAGACAAAUUCGACACGUUCGUACCACUAGAUCCUCAUAUAGUGAACAACUCAAUCAGAUGAGAAUUGAAGAGCUUGAACGAUCAAAUAAAGUAUUGUCAGAAAAAGAAAAUUAUCUUCAGGAAAAUAUUAAUAAACGAUCCGGAUUGAACAGUGGCUCUCCUACCGAUGUAUCAAAUUCAAAGUUUCAACAACUUGAGACCCAAUUGGAAUAUUUGCAUGAUCACGUCAUUGGAUUAGAGCAGGAUAUAGCGAAACUUGAACAAGAUAAAGCAAGCCUUGCUGAACAUGCAGAAGAAGAAAGACAAGAAAUUUUAGAAGAACUCCAAAAUACACACGAAAAGAAUGGUAUAUUCUUCAUAAAAUUGCAGAAACUAGAAGACUUCAUCAAUGAAUUAAGAAACGAUACUAUGCACCAUGAAGAGAGCUCAGAUACUAUGAAAACAUUUAACCGAACGCUUAACAAUAUAGAGAUUCCGCCACACCCAAGGAAG